AGCGUGGAAUACAUUAAAAAAUCGGAGAAAAAUUUCCCUGAUAUGAUUACGCCACUUUACGUUGUUGUUCUUGAGUUUUAUGCCGACCUCAAAAACAUGGCUGCCUAGCACCGGGUUGGUACGAAUAUUAAAGAAACACAAGUGAAGAGAUGCAAAUAUAUGUUGAAAGAGGCACGAAAUCAUCUCUCUCGUGUAAUGGUUACUGAGUCUAGUGAAUUUUAUUCAUCUUUUCAGUCGCGAGUGCAAAAAUUUUCUGGCCAAUUACGGAAAAAACCCCUUUAUUAUUGGAAUUAUGUGCAAGUGAGAACUGGAAAGGAUUUUAAUUCUACAGAAAGUAAAAUUCCUGGCGUAGAUGUGUUCAUCUAUUUCGACAUUAGGGGCACUGCGCGUUUGCAGACAGAAAUGAUGGCGUAAAAAAAUAGUCCGAUAAUAUCCGAGUUAGAAAAAAGUGUUGUAAAUUACAAUAAUAAUAUUUGUUGGCGGAAGAAAGUGAAUUGGGAUAACAUUGGGUUUGAAAGAUUGAAGAAUAAGUGCAAAUAAAUUGAAACUUAGACAGCUCUGAAGAAGGAAUAAGUGCCAUACACAGUGGACAUACUAAUUAAAAUAUACAUUUUGCUAACGUGUGUGUAUUUUGAGAUAAUAAAGUGUAAACAAAGAUAUUUGAUGUUUUAUGACGUAAUUUGAUACUUGUGUAGUUGGAUGGAUUGUAUGACUUAGUGGUUACAAGACGAGAAAAAAAAAUUGAAAAGGUUCAAAUAAACCGUUACUGUUAAGUACCAGAUCUAUACCAAAAUCAUGGAUGCCAAAGCUACAAAUGCAAUAUCUACGGUAUAUCCUUCGACACCGCCAUAUUCCAAAGGCACUCGAUCGUCGCAUCAAUAUUUUAGCCUUAGGUGGAAUAACUAUCAAUCAAAUAUGACGUCGGUUUUUCACGAACUUUUAGAAACGCAGUCCUUUGUUGAUGUUACGUUGGCAUGUGAAUAUAAUUCACUCAAAGCACACAAGGUGGUGCUUUCAGCAUGUUCCGCGUAUUUCCAAAAAAUAUUACUAGACAACCCUUGUAAGCAUCCAACCAUCAUUUUACCAUCGGAUAUUUGUUUCUCAGAUUUACAAUUCAUCAUCGAAUUUGUUUAUCGAGGAGAAAUUGAUGUUUCUGAAGCUGAAUUGCAGAGUUUGCUACGAACUGCGGAACAGUUGAAAAUAAAAGGAUUAUGUGAAGUAAGUGAACCGCAAUACGAACAGGAUUUUUCACCAUCCGUCAAACGGUACAAACCCUACAGUUCUCGAUCACCUGACAGUCGCCAUCCUCCGCCUCCGUCUGGCUCGCAGCCAUUGUCAAACACAAGAAACGCUCAUUCUUCAUCCUCGCAAAUCAACAAUAACCAAAGUGGACAGGAUUCCAAAAGUGGCCAUAAUUCUUCAUCAUCUGGUAGAAAUCAUAACAGUAAUUUAGAGACGGUUGUAUCUGAUGAUGGAUCCUCGCCUAUAGUUGUGUUGGAGUCACACGAUUUAACUUCAACACCAGGCAAAGAAGGAAAAACCAAAAUGACCAGCCUUGGAAUGGGGGUUGGAAUAAAUGGCUCCGUUAUGGGUGUUCCAAUGGGAUAUUUGGACUUUGCUCCUGAGCCACCGGCUCCAACGGCAACUCCAGUGACAGAACAUCAUGAUAUUAGUUGUGCUCCUAGCCAUGAUACUCGUGAUCUGUCUAGUAAGUAUUCAAUUUCUAAUAAUGGUGACAUACGGGUCAAAUUUGAAACCCUCCGGUCAUUAGAUCCUCAGGAUGCUAUUCAACUGGAUAAUCAAGUCGCGCAUCCAAUGCAUAAUCAACCGCAACAGCAGCACAUACAUCACCAGCAAAUUAUGCAUCAGCAACAACAGACACAUUUAAUGCAACAGCAGCAGCAACAACAACAACAGCAGCAGCAUCAACAGCAAGUACAGCGACAGACACCUCAACCCCAACAAGCAGAUCAACGACUUUCGCCUCAUCAACCUCAUACACAGCAGCAAACACCUCAACAUCAACAGCACGUGUUGCUGAUCGAUCAACAAUCGCAACACUCCCACCAUUCUACUCACAGUCCAGUAUCCAAUGCUUCAAGCACGUCUAGCCAACACCAUCCGGAGAACUUGGUGACAGUUGCAACCACUGCUGUUGACAACGGCACUGUUUCGGAAAUGAAAUCGAGGAUUGCGUUAAAACAAGAGAUUAUGACUGAAGUUGAACAACAAACCCAGCAACAGCACCAACAGCAGCAGCAGCAACAACAACAACAGAUGGAGCUAGAACCAGAUCAAUCGUCAAUGCACGGAAUGGUUGUUACCCCUGAGAUUUCUGGAAUGAUGAGUCAGAGCCAAAUGAGUGAUAUAUAUCAAUCCGAUGCUAGUGAGGAUUCUAAAGUAGGUAUCUUGGAUGGAUCAUCAACGCAAUACACAAACCUGACGAGUCCAAACGCAGGUGAUCCCAAAACUCCAAGUGGGCCCAAGACGUGGACGGCUGAAGACAUGGAAUCUGCGUUGGAAGCUCUACGUACGCAUAAUAUGAGUUUAACAAAGGCUUCUGCAACAUAUGGUAUCCCUUCGACAACAUUAUGGCAACGGGCACAUAGACUCGGCAUCGAUACGCCAAAGAAGGAGGGACCAUCUAAAACAUGGAACGAGGACUCGCUUAAUAGCGCGUUAGAGGCACUGCGCACCGGAACGAUAUCUGCAAACAAAGCAUCAAAAGCAUUCGGCAUUCCGUCUUCCACACUAUACAAAAUUGCUCGCCGCGAAGGAAUUCGAUUGGCUGCUCCCUUCAAUGCUGCACCUACAACAUGGUCCGCGGAAGAUCUCGAUCGUGCCUUGGAAGCUAUACGUGCUGGUCAAACAUCGGUGCAGAAAGCUAGCACAGAGUUCGGCAUUCCUACUGGCACAUUGUAUGGUCGCUGUAAACGAGAAGGAAUAGAGCUCUCACGAUCUAAUCCAACUCCUUGGUCUGAGGACGCAAUGAUGGAAGCCUUAGAAUCUGUCAAACAGGGACACAUGUCGAUCAACCAGGCUGCCAUCCAUUAUAAUUUGCCGUACAGUUCGCUAUAUGGUCGAUUCAAGCGCGGUAAAUACGACACUCCAAACAGCGCCAAUCCAUCGCAUUCGAAUCACGGUGCAGGAAGUGUAGGCGGGGGCGGUAACAUCGGAGGCAACGUAGGGGUUUCCGCAGUAACAAUGGCCGGCGUUACUAGCAGCCCACAGAUGGAAUUUAAAAUAGAACCUCAACACAAUGAACAUAGUCCUGAGAACACGACAACAGAAGAAAUCGGAACAAAUGAUUUAAUAACGAUAUUCCAGCAACAUUAUAACCCUGCGCUAUCAACGUCGUCAAUGCCGCCUUCGACACAAACCCACCACAUCGUUCCGUCGCCAUCGCCCGUCAAUAUCCACAUCAUAAAUUCCAAUCACCACCACCAUCAACUGCAGCAGACUCCGCCACCACCGCAUCAAACAGUUGCAACGCAUCACACGGCAAUACAGGGACAACCGCAGUUGAUACAGCAUCACAUCAUUCCGCAGCAGCACCACAUCAUCUAUCAGCAGCCUUUGCAACAGUUGCAGCAACAGCCGCAGUAUCAUCCUAUGUAUCACAUUAUCAAACAGGAGAACGAUAGAAGUUGAAGAUAUCGUUAUCCUCCUCCGUCAUCAGUCGCAACGCUCCCGCAAUCAACUUCUUCCACAGACAACUAAAGUGUUAGUAGACAACAAAGUUUAAAAUCCUUGCACUACGAGUAUCAACCACCAAAAAACGGCAUGAUAUAAGUACCUGUCCCUCGAAUUUGUCUCUGUCAUAGUUGUACUAUGUCAAGGGCAGAUUUGAUUGGAUUCUUCUCAAAUAUCGAUCCGAUAACAUCACCGAUGAUCAGUGCCAAUAGACACCAUUGCUGUUUUUUCAGUAAUUGCAUGUCAAUACUCUAAACUGAACAUUUUGUGGAUUUCGCAUCAGAUAAGACUCUCCUAAAAGUGUGCACUUUUUUGAAAACAUUCACACAAUUGUUAAAAGUGCGCACAGUUGUGUGUAAUUCUUGUUCGAUGCGAAAUACACAAUAUUUUUAUCAGGCGUAACUUUCUACCAUACUUCCAUUAACCACAUAGUUAACAUCGAUUAAAAUAUAUCAUAUCGUAUUAGCACAGACAAAGAGACGUACAGCCAACUCUCCCUUACUCGAUAUUUCAUAUUUCGAUAUAGAUUUAGAGAACCAUAGUAAACGUUGGUUUUCAUGGCUAUUUCGAUAGUCCCUUGGAUCGCACUGGUUUUGUGUUCUAUAACUCCAUAUCUCCCUUACUCGAUGGUUCCUUCAAUAUCAAGCUAUGGAGAUUUUACUGUACUUAAAACAAAUCGCGAUCAAGUUGCAAGGACAUAUAUGUCCAAUGUUAAAAUCACUAUUUGACCGAUGCGUCGUGCGAUGGUAGUGUUUAAAAGUUAAACACGAAUAAAAACGAUGCCAGCGCUGCGGGUGGUGAAUUGUCCAUCUAACCGUUAGAAAGCUGGUCGCUGGACAGUGAUGAGUGUUCAUAAUUUAACCUUUGAAUACUACAGCAACAUGUUACCCGACUUGUUGAACAGUGUUUUAACAUUGGGCGAACGUGUUUUCGCUGCGAUGAUUCCGUCUGUUUCUACAGUCUAUUAGUCGGUGUUCGGAAUCAACUCAUAUGAGAAAGCAUCAAAGACCGUUUUAGUGAAUCGAUCAUGCAGGAAAAGAUACAAGUGGUAAAAAAGAUACAUCAUGAAAACGAUUAUUAUUGUAAUAACAAAAUUUAUAAUGAUGAGAACAAGGAUAAUAUCUUAACUGGAAGUGAUAGAACGAUUGAAAAAUAAAAUGUUUUGAACAUAAUUCUUCCAUUUGUAUUGAAUUUUUAAUUACAGUUUCAAUUUUAUGUUGACUAUCAAUCAAAGAAAAAUCAGCCUUAAAAUCAGUGGCUCUCAGGAUUUACUUAUGAUUUUGUAUCAAUCAUAACGCAUUUCUACUUUCUAAGAACAAAAUGUGUAAAAACAACUGAACUUGCGAAUGCUAAAAAGUUUGUAAUUAAAUCAGGUUAUUAUUUCAUUAACUAAAUUAUGCUGAUUAAAAGACAUCUACUUAUGUUAAGUUUUAGUGGCUUACUUGAUAAAUGCGUAAAACGUUACAUACAUACAAACACGUGUUUGCACUCGAUCGAGAAAUAUAACACGAACAUAGAUAAAUCUUCGACAAUGGACAUUACUCUAGGAUAUUAGGUUUUGAACAUUUACAAUGUUAUGUUCAUGUUUCUUUAAUAUUUUGCGUUGCACUCAAAUUGUUUUUGUGGUCCACAAUUGAUUCAUUAUCUACGCACAGCGCCGAACCAACCGUAUUUAGUAAAGAAUUUGGACAAUUGUAUUGUGAUAUUGGUUAAUGCAAAAGUGUAGUUUUUCAUUUAGAUACUUGUGAUGAAUAAUUUUCAAUGAAGCCUUAUUCCCUAUUACGAACAAUCCCUAAUUUUGAGCAUCUUUUCAGAAGCCAAAAAGAUCCUAAAUGCGCAAAGAUGGUCAAAGUAUGGUACACGAUACGCAUUGAAACGAGACACGAAACAAUAAAAACUUAUGAUUCAUUCAACAUUUCAGGUUUGUUGGUCUCGUAAUUACAGAUCUGAACCACACAUGAAUUGAUGUGCGUCUACUCAAGUGACAGAUCACAGAAAAUUUCGUUACUCAAAAAGCAUCAGAAAGAAAUCGAAUAUUAGUUUUGCUAUCAGUAAAAGCAAAUUGAAAUGAAGGGCAAAUUGAGAGCUCUUUAAGAUAUACAUAUUUUCGUUUGAUAUUCAUUGUGCUUAUACCGCGGCGUGUGAGGUGAGACGAAUCGAAUGUGGUGACAAUUAUGGACUCGCUCCCAUUUGAUUAACAUUAGUCGUCUCACGUCACUUGAGAAGACAGCGUACUAAGUGGACACGUGCCUACAGCAGCACUGUUUCUAUUUUCUGUUCCUAUAGUAGCACUAACUUCACGACGUAAACAAAAUACAAAUCAAAUCAAAUACAAAUCAUUUUCUACAAAUCUUUCAUAUAUUUGCUUUGAUGAAUGGAUCAAAAACUUCUGAAUAAUGUAAAAAAGUUCUUAAUUUUUUUGUUUAGUUUUUUUUAAAUAGUUUUUUCAGUAGUGCUACAAUACAAUGAAGCUUAAAUUUUAAUCGAAACUAUUAAUUUCGAUAAUUUUUUUUAAUAAAAUCGAGCUGUGAAUCAAUAAUACCAAGAUGUUAAACAUUUUGCAUCGAUUUAUAAGUAGCAAAAUGGGGUUGUCCGGCAUUUUGCAAUAAAACAUUUCGUAGUGUACCGUUUCGCGGUUUGUGUAAUUUGCGGUUUUUCGUUUUGCGAGUAGUAUCAUUUUGCGGUAUGGCAUUUCGCGGUGUGGGUUUUCCUAUGAGUUGCACUGAAAUCUGUUGGCAUUAUCACUAAAAACAUUUUUAUCGGUGAUUUACUCUUCUUUUGAACAUAGGCAAUCCUUCAAGUUUCACUGUUAAAAAGAUCUCGGUACAAACCGCGAAAUGGUACUGAUCGCGUAAUGACAUGCCGCCAAAUGGUACUAACCGCGAAAUGUCGUACCGCGAAGUGAAUUACCGCAAAAUGUUACACAAUCACAAAACGGCCGUAAAAUGCGUUUAGUGCGACUAUAGGGGACUGUCUGCUAACGGUACACCGACUCUAUGAAACAAACUACUUUCUUUGCAGUAAUCUAUAAUUUAAACUCUGAAUGCGUCAUGAACUUUUGGGCCCUCAGAAAUUGGGAAAACUGUCGACGGGAUUUGACAAAUUUGGAAAGUAAGAUCAACAAAUACUAAUCGUUGUUCCAUGUCUGAGAGAUUACCUAUUGUAAAUUUGAUGGAAGAGGAUUGAUUCGAAUUAAAAAUGAAUUGUGAACCAUGGGUCUUUGAAUAUUAGGUAGGGAAAAAGCACUAAUUUUCGACCUACGAAAAUUCGGGCACCAAUUUUCGGAUUUUCAUACAAAGUAGGACAAACUUGUACGAAUGGGUCAAAAUUUGGUGCUCUUUCCCUACAUAAAGAUUGAUCAAAAGACCUUUCCGUUUCAUAGCACUGUUGCAAUGAUGCCUCUGGAAAGAUAUCUGGUGGUUGUUAAAUGGAUUCACAUUUGAUACAGGAAUAAGCAACGCGCAUGCUGGAAUGCAACCACACUUAUGGGGAUAACUGUUUUGUUAUACCGUGAUGCUACCAUAUUUCGCGCACGCUCCUAUUUUCGCUCACUGUCAUUUUAUCCAUAUUUUUUAUACAUAUUGAUUGAUUCAACUGCAUGUUAUGUAUGUACAGUUAAACCUCCAUGAGUCGAUGUUCCAUUACUCGAUAUCGACUCAUGGAACCAUACUAAAAAUCAAAUUUCAUGGAUACUAUGAUGGUCCCCUCAAACAGCAUUCCAUAGUAUUGCUGAUCCAUGACUCGAUAUAUCCAUGAGUCGAUGGUCCCUUCAAUAUCGACUCAUGGAGGUUGACUGUAUAAUACUAGCCAACACAAGUUUCUUCCGUUAACAUAUUUAUAAUUUCAGUGAGCGAAAUUAGGAGCGCGCCCGAUGGGUACAUUGCGGUAGUAUCUCGAUUGAAUUCUUAUUUGGUUCGUCUGUUUGAACUCCCUGAAUAAUCCAAAGAGAAAAUCGAUGAAGAGAAAUCGACCACUGCAUUUACCAUCUUAUAAUACUAAACGUAAGUAAUGAUUCUGUUCUCUGCAUUUUUUUUUCAUUUAUCACCCAAAAUCAUGGAGCUCGGUAAUUCCUUACUUAUCAGGCAAGUUCAUCUAAGUGCAAUGGUAAAUUUGUUGUAAAACAAAAAAAAAACACGAAAAUCUUUUAAAUUCAAAACAAGUGUGAAUUACUUAAGUAGACUAGAACAGACUAAAACCAAAACAGUUGAACAGAUUGAAAACUGUGGCUAAACAUGGCGAGUAAACUAGCAAGUUUUUGAGAUUGAACAUUUAGGAAUCAAAUAAAUUCUUAGAAUAGCUAGGCAGAUUCCGUUUGACACAGAAUGGUCGUAUAUUUUAGAAUGGCAGACGAAAACAUAUUGUUAUGUGUUGCAUAACACAUUGAAACAAAACUUAAACCUUUCAUCUUACAAGAAUCCAUUGAAUGAUCUUAUGAUUUCGAUCAGUAUCAAUCCAAUGUAAAUAUAUUGGUUGAAUAAAAAUUUCCGAAUCAUAGAGGCCGUUUAGUUUUGUUUUUUCAUGUCGAUCCUUGCCUUCCCCAUCCCUUCAAACAAUAAUCGAAAAGGUGAGACAAGUAAUAUUUAGUUUUUAGAUAUUAAUCAAGAACAACUCUUUGUUUAUAUCAGGAAAUUUUGUGUAUUAGUUUAAAUUGUUCGCAAGCAAGGAAAGAUAUUAAAUACAACGUAAACAUGUCGACAAUUGGACAUUUACCUUAAACUUGUGUUUUAUUUGCAUUGUCAACGUCCCUUCAUUGUCCUGUUCAAUAUUUAAAAGCAAGUCAUUUUAAAUUAUUUGUUGGAUAAGUUCGUGUUUACGGUUCGUUUAGCGGACGCAAGAGUGGAUAACAAGUCUUGGACUACUUCUUAAUUAUUAUUAUUUUCACUUUUUUCGCCGACAAUAACAGCUAUCACAUAAUUACAAAUGAAAAAUAGCUAUACUAUUCAAAAGCAAAAUCGAUCAACAAAUCAAAGUAGAUUCCGAAAGCAGUUUUAACAUCAGUAAUUAUCGAUUAAAAACCAAAUAGCGAAAAAUUACUAAAACAACAUAUAAAGAAUAAACUGUGCAGAACUCUGUAGAUAAAAUAUCGUGUAGAUUUUAAUAUGGAAAAUCGAUGGUGAAAAUAGACGAAACAUAACAUACAACUGAUAUGUGUACAAAAUUAAGCAAAAAGGAUAUACAUACAUGCAUUAUAUUAUAUACAUACUACAUGUGAAAAUUAAAACAGGAUAUUUUAAAUGAAA